CGACUAUAAAAUGAAGAGCUUGUUAGAAGAUAUUAACAAAGCCAAUAAACAUGGCUUACUUGAAGGUACUGUUUAUGGUGUGUUUGGCAUCCUAUGCCAUAGAUGCGGCCCCGAAUGUAUUAAAAGAAGAAGAAUCUAGUAAACAAGUAGAGGUCUUGAUUGUAGAACCCGUAGAGGUCGUUGACUCCUUAAGAGAAAAGAGAUCACCUGGUAGUUAUGGAGGAUAUGGAGGUAAAGGAGGCGGCGGUGGUGCCGGAGGAGGUUUUGGAGGUGGCGGUGGAUUUGGAGGCGGUGGCGGAGGAGGAGGCGGUUUUGGAGGUGGGGGUGGUUUUGGCGGUGGUCUAGGAGGAGGCGGCGGUCUCGGUGGUGGCGGCGGUAAAGGAGGAGGACUUGGAGGUGGUGGUGGUGGCCAUCAAGGCGGAGGAGGAGGAUUUGGAGGUGGUGGUAACCAAGGAGGCGGAGGAGGAUUUGGAGGUGGCGGUCACCAAGGUGGCGGAGGAGGAUUUGGAGGUGGUGGUCAACAAGGUGGAGGAGGAGGAUUUGGAGGUGGUGGACACCAAGGAGGUGGUAGUGGUGGCUUCGGCGGUGGCGGUAACGGUGGCGGAUUUGGCGGAGGUGGUGGUAACGGUGGCGGAUUCGGAGGCGGUGGCGGUGGACACCAAGGAGGUGGAGGUGGAUAUUCCGGCGGUGGACACAAUGGCGGAGGUUUUGGCGGUAAUUCCGGUGGGGGAUGCAGUACCUGUGGAGGAGGAAGUGGAGGCGGGUUUGCUUCUGCAUCGGCGCAAUCCAGUGCAUCGGCCAAAGCUGGAGGAUACGGAAAAUAGGCCCUAUGAAAAGAAAAGCGCAUAAUACACUUAAGCCCAUAAGUAUUUUUUAUUUCUUUUUUGUCAAAAAGUAACGUGAUCUGUAAGUAACUAAAUUGUAAUUUUAAGUUGUGCAAUAAAAUGUUUAUAUUUGUACUAUAUAA